AUGGCAGGGUUGAAUUCUCAGAUGACUAUCCUCAGCCUUGAGAGGAAUGCGUUCCCCUGCGUUGUUCCUUGCCCGGGUGUCUUCUCUGCUCGCAGGUCUCCCGUUUCCCGCAGACCUAUCUUCGGUGUCGUUCUGAAAGUGAGGUUUCUGAACGAAGACCGUAGUGUAGGAUCUUUGACUGCUCAUCGUGGGGUGACCACCGCCACCGGAGGCGCCGGUGAGCGUUCAAUCUCCGAAACGGUUCUUGAGAAGGAGGUAAGAUUUACUCCCGCAUUUGGUGAUUAUGUGAAGGUUUUAGAGUCCAUCCAGACUGACAGGAGCAAGAACGUGAGUGGGGAUUCCGAUGAUGACCUUUCUGACUCGAAAUGGAGAUCGCGGGGAGAGGAUGGUCCAAGGGAGGCGAGGAACAGAGAUAGUAGGCAAUUGGUGGGUCCUAGGGAGAGUUUUCGGAGCUCAAAUGGUGCUUCUCCUGAUAGAAGACGGCAAAAUUAUCUGGAUAGCCGACGGCUUACUUCUCCAAAGGGACAUAUGGGUGCAGCUAAUGUGCGGUCUGAUAAUUUUCACAGGACUGGUACGGGCAUGAGUAGAGAAGAUGGCCGGGAAGUUCUUUUGGAGAAGCGUACGGGUCGGAUGGGUGCGGCGAGAAGUGGAGGUAGUGAUAGUCGGUCAGGAAGUAGUGGUCUGCGUAGUUCUAAUAUAGGAGGUCAAAAUAACAAGCAUUUGGAGAAAAGACGACUGAGUGCUCAAGAUGAUGUUUCUAGCAGGGAGAAGGAUCCCAAGCAGAAGGGGAGACAUGGUGGAAAUGGAUCGUUGGGGAGGCCAAGACCAGGGGAAGAGAGAACUGGUGCUCAGAAGGACGAGAGGCAGUAUUUUACCCAAUUGAAAGACCAUUCUGGCAGAGAUAACUCACCAAGAAGAACGUAUGAAAGAAGCAAAGAAUUGCAGCUGGCUGGUCCUCCUGGUGUUCUUGCUGUGGGAUCAGCAAACAUGAGGGAUUCACCAAAGUGGAAUGGUCGUAUUGCCCUGAAUAAUACCAAUGAGGAAAUCAGAGACCAAGGGCACACCCAUUCCAAGGUUUCCAAGAUUGAUGGUAGGGGGCAUAUCAGUGAUGAUGAUGUGGAUGACAGGACUGCCUUCAAAACGUUUGAGGUAUUCACUGAUGUCAGGAAUAGGCCACGAGUCUUGCGAAUGGAGUUGGAACAGAGGAUUCAGGAUCUCGCAAAGUGGUAAUUAUCCCCAAUCCUUCUUCAGAGGAAAAAAAUCGUGUAUUCUUUUAUUUCUUUAUGUUGUGGCAACCGACAGUUUGUUGAUUUCUUAAUGUUUUUUUUAAUCCUAUAAUCAGCUUUUUGGAAUUUUAUCUUCUCACUUGUUUCCAUGAUUAGUUCUAUUAAACAAACUAGUCAGUGCUUCCUUUGAGAAGAAUGUGCAAAAUAAGCACGUUGAUUUCUUCAAGUUGACCUGUGGCUUGGAUUUAGACAUAUAGGACGAUAAAGUUGAGGAGGUUCUCAAUAAAAGGCAUGAGCAUAGACGAAGAUUCAACUUAAAAAUAACCAGAAAUAAUCUGGAGAGCAUCUCUGCUGUUCCCUCUCUGCAUCUGAUUUGGUGGGUAUCAGCACUAAGAAGCUUCUGCCGAGUCUGGUAAAAUUUUGCUUCUGAAAAUUAUUCUUUGGCAUUGCCCCUUUAUUUCAAAGAAUAACUGUGGGAAAAGCACCUGGACCUCAUGCUGUAACUCCUGCUGGAGCAAAAGUGCUCUCAUCACCUCACAUUGAUGCCUAUGAUUAUGCAGAAGUUCCGUUUGGCAAAGAAAAUGCUACAAAUAAUUUAUCUUCUGCCCAUCAGGCUUAAUUGGUGUCUGGAUUCGGAUUAUGCCACUGCAACAUUUAAUUAGUAGCCAUUAGGUCGCAUCAUUCUUCUCAUCAUUAACUCAAGAGAAGGUUUUAUAUUUAUCAUUUUUAUUGAAUCUUAAGUUACCCAAAUUGUAAACAGAAUAUUUGUAGUUGAAAGUUAUUUUUUCUGUACUUUUGAUUAUCUCAUGAAUCGGUUUACAUUUGAGACCAGUUUUAUUUGACUAGCUAAUACAUUUAGUACUAGGAGUUAGGGCCACAGUGCCUAUGCUGGAUGCAUCUAUAAUUAUUCUAAUCAUAAAUAGAAUGUUCAAAUUAAACUGAUUAAUUGAAAUCCAGGAAAUCAAAUUUCAUGGAAAUAUAAUAUUCUCCUUCAUUAAAAGAUUUUCUAAUUUUACUGAAGAUUUCUCUUAAACAUGUUUCAACUGCUUGGCAGUUUCUGAUCCUCCCUGUCAAAAGAUAUUUGUAUGAAUGUUUUCAUUUCUCUGCUCUGAAAAACUUGCUUGGGUGCGUACGUUGAAAGAAUUUUCUUUUGUAGGUUGAAUGCUACGGAUGUAAACAUGCCAGAGUGGAGGUUUUCUAGGAUGAUGUAUAGUGCAAAAAUUAAAUUCACAGAUCAUUCCAUACUGAGAGUGGUACAGAUAUUGGGGACCCAUGGAAAUUGGAGACGGGUCUUGCAAGUUGUUGAAUGGCUUCAAUUGCGACAGCCCUUUGAGUCCUAUAAGAGCAGGUAAAUUCUAAUGCUUUACGUUUAAGUCAUUUAUGUAAUUGAUGAAGAAGUUUGGAAUUGUUUCCUCUCUUUCUGCUGUAUGGUUCCACGGAGUGCCAUUUGAUAUCAGUGUUUCCUGUCCCAUUCUUUGAUUUGAAUUUUAUUUUUAAGUUUGUGGGCCUUUCUAAUGGGUUAGAAUAGUUAAAUAUGCGAAAUUUUACGAAACAAGAUUUAUGAUAUCUUCCUCUUUUACUGUGUAGAUAUAUUUACACUACCGUACUCAGUGUGCUUGGGAAGGCGAAGAGACCUGUGGAGGCACUAAAUGUGUUCUACUCCAUGCGGGUAACGAACUUUCAUUAGAAUUAGUGUAUUAUUCACUUUAGUAAACAUGGUAAUUAAAUAUCUAUUUUAUGCAGAAAGAGUUAUCAUCAUACCCAGACCUUGCGGCUUACCAUUGUAUUGCUGUAAUUCUUGGACAAGCGGGUAUGAUGAAGGAGCUUUUUGACGUCAUUGAUUGCAUGAGAUCUAUCCCCGAAAAGAAGUUCAGGCUAGGAAUGCUCCAAAAGUGGGAUCCCCGGUUGGAACCUGACCUUGUUGUGUUCAAUGCUGUGAGUAAUUUAUGCUUUCAAAACACUCUCUUAAGAUUAGGCUGUUGUCGGUCUGUUUGUUGACAUCAGCUAUAUGGAACUUGAUUCUUAAUGAAAUCUUAAUGCUUCACUUCAAAUUCUUUUGUUUGUAAUUCUAGGUGCUGAAUGCUUGCGUUCAGCAAAAGCAAUGGGAGGGAGCAUUUUGGGUACUUCAAGAAUUAAAAGUGAGGGGAAUAAAGCCUACAAACACGACAUAUGGACUUGCCAUGGAGGUAUAUUUCAUCUCUAGACAAGUUUUGAUAUUUUUAUCAUUAACCUUACAUUAACUUCUUUUGGGUUUAUGUUCUUUUACUCUACAGUUUGACGGUAGAAAUGUGACUAUUGACUGUUGUUAUUAAUUUGGCAUUUAUUAUCAAAUGUCUGUGUAUUUUAAUGUCCUCAUUGAGAAUCUAAAAUGGAUUAAAUUAGCACCCUCCUACCUGCAUAAAUUAAUCUGGGAAUAUUUUAUGAUGUUACCGAAUGGUUCUAUUUUUACCUUUUUCACUGAACCUUAUUUAUUGCUUAUAUGGAGGUGAGACACAGGGAUUGAGAAAGAUCCUUCUGUGUAUAAUGAAUGGUCCCAUUGAUAUAGCUCUUGAAUGGGAACAAUUGGGUAUAAUCAAUACCGUAUGUGUUACUAAGGUUGCGGCUGUGAAUUAGGUUUCUCUCUUUCAUUUGAUCAAGUGUACUUAUGCUGUCUCUCUCUCUCUCUCUCUCUCUCUCUCUCUCGCUCUAUACCCUGACUAGUUCCCUUUUGACUAGUUGGAACGACAACAACCCCAUGUUAGCCCACGUUAGGUAACAUUAGACGAGGCAAACAGAUAAUGUCAUUUACCAUCUGUCCUUCUGUGUCUUUUUUCCAGAUAAGACUCUGAUUCUUUACAUUUCCAUGACUUCUUGAUCAGAGUUUCUUUUCUUUUUUGUCAGUGAAGAACUAAUGAAAGUUUGGGUUGGCUAGUAUUACAUCCGGAUAAUCCAGUGGGCUGAGUCGAAUAUGCUCUAGAUGGCAGUCAACAUAAAUUUAGCUAUACUUGUCUUCCAAACCCAACAAGUAUAGAUAAACACGGACUAACAAGAAAAUCUUUGACCAUGGAGGGUCAUUGUCGGCAAUAUCCCAGGAUAGUCUACUUGAUUACUUUUUGUAGCUACGAAUCCUUGAAAUUUACCCAUCAUUUGGUUUUGGUUGAUGCCAUCAACACAUCGUUUGGUUUUUUUGAAAUGAAUUGGAAUCAUCUUUGGUCUACUUCUCCAUGAAUAUACAGGCACUAUAUCCCUCCGUCCGUUUUUCUCUCUCUCUCUAUGGUUUUUUAUCUUCAUCAUCCAAUACUAUAGCCGAAAUUCAACUAUAAAACAACUCAGGUUGAUAACUGUUUUGUUUUUCGUGUCCAUAUAGAAGAACAACUUUCAUACAUAUUUACUGCGUUCUGGAUGGCUUGAGUUUGGUGGGUCAACUUUAUCUGUUACUACCUUGAUUCUGUUUAUAUAUAAUUUUUUUGGUACAUUGUAAGCCAGUAGGGCCAAAUUUUGUAUAAAAAUCUACAGAGGCUUCAUAGCUCACAGCCAUGUCUCCACAUCACAGAAAGGGUGUACGUUCUAUAGAUCAAGUGAAGAUUUGAAAAGUUAGCGCGAGCACUACUCUAAUCGUUCCUAGUUUUCCAUCUUGAUCUUUGUGGUAUCCUUUUUUUAGACUAAUUUAUUGGCUUGAACUGUAAGACUACCUAUUUUAUUUCAAACUAUUAUUGCUAUUGAAGCUGGUUGACUUGAAAAGAUUUUGCCGUUCAGGUAAUGCUUGUAUGUGGCCGGUACAACUUGGUGCAUGAGUUUUUUAAGAAAGUUCAGAAGAGCUCUGUUCCUGGUGCUCUGAACUAUAAAGGUAUAUAUCAGUGACCCCAAGCAAGUUUUCUCCUUGGAGCACAUUUCUCCUGUAUUAAAUACGGUGGUGCAUUUAAUCUGCAGUUCUGGUGAACACCUUUUGGAGAGAAGGAAAAGUGGAUGAAGCUGUCUUAGCAGUUAAAGAUAUGGAAAGACGGGGAAUAGUGGGCUCAGCCAGUUUGUACUACGAUCUCGCUCGUUGCCUCUGCAGUGCAGGGAGAUGCCAAGAAGCCCUUCAACUGGUUGGUUCUCGUCCCCAUCCGAUUUAUUUAAUCGAACCCAUUUCGUGAACCCAUUUCAUGAAUGAGUUAUAGAAUUUUAUUUACAUUUCUAUAUUUGGGGAAGUCUCAAGCUAAUUAUGGAUGACCUUUUUCCACCCUCAGAUUGACAAACUGUGCAAGGUUGCCCAGAAGCCUCUGGUUGUGACAUACACCGGUUUGAUUCAGGCCUGUCUGGACUCUGGGAGCAUCGAAAAUGCCACAUACGUCUUCAAUCAGAUGCACAACUUUUGCACGCCGAAUGUUGUGACCUGCAACAUAAUGUUGAAGUCUUAUGUGGAGCGAGGGAUGUUUCAAGAAGCGAAGAACUUGUUCAAGAUGAUCUUGGAGGGAAAUAAGUUAAUAUGCAAAAAAUCUGACCUGCGAGGGAAGGUCAUCCCAGACAGAUUUACAUUCAACACCAUGCUGGAGGCAUGCGCGAAUACUGAAAAUUGGGAUGAUUUCGAGUAUGUGUAUGAGAAAAUGCUGGAGUAUGAGCACCAUUUCAAUGCAAGGCGGCACCUGCGGAUGGUCAUGGAUGCCUCAAGAGCAGGAAAGGUAUCAUUGAUCUCUACAAACUUCCAUAAUAUCUCAAAAAGAUGCCUUUCUCCAUGAUUUUUUUGAGUAAAAGAAGCAAACAGGUGGUGAUCAUUAAAUUUGGUGGUUGUCUCAACUUGUGUGUUUAUGACUGUUCUCAAAUGAGCAGAGAUUGGAUAGAAAUACUGCAAUCUUGAAGCCUUUCCAUGUAGAGAUACUCACGCUGUUGAUCUUUUCUUGUGUUUCAAUGGCAUUGCUCAGGUGCGAUUAGUGGACGUAACUUAUCAUCACUUGAUUCAAUCGGGUCGGACACCACCUCCUGCUAUUCUCACCGGAAGGCCGUCUCCGGCAGCAACAUGA